UACUCAGUUCUGACCAAACUAAUGCCUCCUAGAGCAAAAUAUACAGGUUAAAAAGAACUGCCAUUUUUCAUCUGCAGGAUGUAAGCAGAAGGUCCUGGGCUUCAAUCCCUGACAUUUCCUAGUAGGUUUGGGAGACCCUCCUCUCUGAAAUUCUGGAGAACUGCUGUCAGUCAGUGUAGACAAUACUGAUCCAGGUGGACCAAUAGUCUGACUUGUUAUAGGGCAGUUUUCUAUGUUCUAAUGCACGUUUUCCAGAAAACACAAUUAUAAAUUAUUCCUGUCCUAGUUGAAAGUGUGAGUCGUGUUACUGUUUUGCAUAGGAGACAAAAUAUUUUGUACCCAGCACUGUUUGGUCUUGGCUACAAAAUGAAAUUCUGUUUUAACCAUGUUUGAAUGCUGGAAAUGGAUCGAAGCACAGUGAUCUUUGCAAAACACGCACACGCUCAGCAUAAUUUAACAUGCAUAGCAUCUGUACUCGCAGUUAGCACGAGCCACUGCCAGUAAGAACGGACACUAUUAGGCUAGAUGGACAAAGAGCCUCAUCUGGUAUAAGGCAGGUUCCUCUGUUUCAAUUGAACCACCUUUCCCUGAUUGUAGCAUUGUUCAAAUGUUACUGGUUUGCUCUGAGAGUUAUAACUUGGGCCCAGUGCCCUGAGACUUUUUACAGAUAAUAAAAAUGUUUGGAGCUGUAGACCUGCACAGAUAUCCCCAAAGAGCUCUUAUUCCAUUCCUGGCCAUCUUUUAAUCUGUUAAUUUGUUGUUAGCUGAGCCAGGAGAGCAAAAGGUGAACUCUGGAUUGCAAAACCACUGGGUGAUCUCUCUUGUGGCUCCGCCCCUUCCAAGAAUUCUAGAAUCCUCAGAAGAUUCUGAGCAGUUGGCUUUUCAAUUUGAAGCUCUGAUUCCAAUCUGUUGAGACGAGCAGCCACCUUUGGGUGCCAGAGCAGAGUUAGCCUGCAGAAGACCAAAAACCGAUGGAUACUCUCACGGCUUCCUCUGUUUCCAGCAGGCCCUGGGUGCUCCAGUUCUUCAGAAACCUCUUUGGGAGCGGCAGGCAUGUCACACAAGAGGGGCAGAGACCCAAGGCGAAAGACGAAGAUAAUGCCAAGAGUGAACUCCUGGACUCUCCUCUGCCCGAAAAUGGGCUUGAAGCAACCUUGCCAAGCCAAGAGCCUGAUGCCACCAAGACUUCUCCCAGUGAGAUCUGUGGGGGGUUGAUGGGCAGCUGCCCUGAAGAGCUGUCGUUGCUGAAGGAAUUAAGUCUGGGAGACACUACCCCUACGAAUGAGAACAAACUGCCCGCUUCAUUUCACUCGGCUAGGAUGGAGAUGGGAGACUCAGGUGGCUUUGCUAACCCCAUGAUAAGUGGCUUGGCCAAGGACCCAUGUGAGAAAGUUCCUGUCACGGGAGAGAAGGAAGAAGAAUCUGAUGACAGGGAGACGGUGGGAAAGGAUGAAUUUCCCCAGGUCCUAUGUGCAGAUGAUGGAGCUGCCAUGUCUGCUGGAUCCAUGACUGAUGUUAAAGGCUGUAGCGCUGAAGAGGAAAGAGAGCAUCUACUGAAAGAAGAUGUACAAGAAGGGGAACCUCCAAAAGCAGACCUCUCUCCAUGGAACAGACUCCUCAAUAUGUACAAGCAGCGCCGGUGGCUUCCUGCUUCUAAAGGGGAUAUUCCAGUACAACCAGUUGUUGAAGAUGAUCUAAUGGUAUAUGGAAUUGCAACACCCAGACCUCAUGUCACCCUAUCAAAUUCCUCUGCAGUUUGCAGUGCUUGUGGGCUUCCUGAGAAUGAAGAUGGAGAAGGGGCUGGUGACUGUGAGACAGCACUCAGAGGUCCAGGAAGAAAUGAUGCUGGAAGUCUGGAGCAGCCUAAGAAUGUGCACUGAGGAAACACUGUCGGAGUCGCUUUGAGUCUGCCAACUUCACCCUUCUCCACUUUCCUUGCUGGGAGGAAGAAGGUCUACUAAGGAUUGUUAUUUGUAACCCACCAGGACUGUUUAAAAUUUCUUUCUUUCUUUCUUUCUUUCUUUCUUUCUUUCUUUCUUUCUUUCUUUCUUUCUUUCGUAUAGCUGUUGCCCACUUUCCCCUGUGCUCCCCUUACAAAUCCACCAGAUGUGUUCGUAGUAUAUAUUUCAGGUUGAUGAACUGCUCUUCCACCUCCUCAUUAAAGUUUUCCUGUGAAUUCA